CCUCACCGUCUCCAGCCCGUCUCCUUGUUUCCUACGGCGUGUCUUGCGCGCUCUUUUGCGUCUAUUUUGAUGCACGACGGCGCAGCGCCGUGGUUCAGUGCGGCAGGAUCGACGAGAGCACGAAGGCAGCAGCCGCCGGGUCCGCAUCGCCAGUCAGCUGAAACAGCUGAGAGACUAGUGCGACGUCGCCUACGUAAAAUUGCUUACGUCGAUAGAAGAUUGGGGCUGCUUCGGCGAUACAUCUGUGAUCACUGGGAGACUGCGGUUUCGACCGAGGUGGGUUCAAUGCUGAGAGCCGGAUAAUGAUAUGGGGCUCGAUGACACGCUGGUAUGGUAUCAGAAAAAGAUUGGUGCGUACGACAAGGACAUAUGGGGCAGAAAUUUAGAGCAGCGCAUCCUGAGAGGUGUCAAUGCAAUACCUAAAAAAACUGCCAGGAUUAAGGCAGAGCUUAUCGACAUUGACUUAGUUCGAGGUUCUACAUUCAAGAAGUCGAAGCCGCAAAACAGUUGGCUCGCAUUAGCAACCAAUGGAGUCGUCCGAGUUUUAUUAUUUCCUCUCUACUACAGCUGGUGGAAACAGCAGACGAGCACCGGCAUCUGCGUGUUUCUUCUCGUCCUUUAUUUUUUACAACUGGGCUCUCUCUGCCUGCACUCAUCGCAAGAUGAUGCUCUCAUCGCGGAGAACACGCUAACGGAGGUGCUGACGCCCAUAGCCAUGAUGCUGGUGUUGGGGAUCAUGCAUGCUCAAGUUGUGGCCACAUACACCACCAAUGGGCAGCUGAAACCCAUGCAGAGGACCAAAGCAAGGAAGAGGCCAAAGCGUAAAGUCCGCUCACGGAGCAACUACGAAGGAAAGUCCUCUCCCGGGACGGCGUCGGAAGACAAACCCGACAGCUUGUGGUCCGAGUUCCAAGCCAACCGGACGUCCUGCGGCUCUGCCGCCGAAAACGUGACCCAUCCAGUCAGAAACUCAAGCCGAAUCUCCAUUGUCGGUGGAUCCAACAUCCAGAACAACCAGGCCGACAGAGAUGUGUUUCAUCACAUGGAAGACCGAAAGAACUCAGACGAGGAGAGCGGCCUCGAGAGUCUCUCCAACCACAAUGGUCCCGAGGAACACUAUGUGCCCCAGGAAGUCCAGGACAAGCUGUCCAGCUUCAUCGAGCCGAGCAGCGGCUGCGGCCACUCCGCCGUCUUGGAAGUCAACGGCCAAGCCGUGUCCCCCAAGAGAGAGCCCAGCUCUGACGAUGAAGAGUUCUUCGUCGCCAGAAAGCAGCGUUCCCGGAGCCACGAUAUUUGCCAGGAGGCCAGUGAUGCGUGCAGCUACCCAAUGCAGUGGUGCUCGGCUACGGUGCCGAUCGACGGCAGCCCACACCGCUGCGGCCUCGGCAAGGAAGCGAUGGGCCCUGGCCUGCUCGGCCGGACGUGCGCGGAAGACGACGAGGAAGACGAGGACAAGCUGGCGCCACAGCGGCGCCGCUCGUCUCCGCCCGACCUCCCUCCCAAGAAGAUGGCAAAGCCCAGCCUGCGGAACCGUCGCAUGUCGGCGAGCGUCUUCCCCGCACUGCCGACAAUCAGCCUGGCCCGGUGUGACUACAACAGCUCCUGUGACUCCGACAAAGACACCACCGUCCCCAACACUCCCACCAAGCCUCCUGCAUCGGAUAUUGAAUGGCCCCUGCUUUCAAACACCGACUGCAACGGCUACACCUCAAGUUCCGAAGGGCUCGACGGGGACGAGGAAGAUGUUCCUGAGGAUCCAUUUGGGUUGGACAAUGCAGAGAAUUCCGGUCCAUUAGCUGGGGGACAGGCCAGCCUUGACAAAGUGAGCUGCACGAUAUGGGAAAACGGAGAGUGCAAGAAGGUCGACCUGUCUGUGAUGGACAUUGCAUCUGCCAUAGUUCACAAGGUGGAUUGCAUGAUACAUAGUGGAGAGUACGUCCUGCUAGGCCUGGUGCUGACCACAGUGACCGCCACGUUGCCACUGCUGUUCAGGCUGCAAAGUUCGUCGGCCUUAGAAAACGUACAGCUGGACGCAGAUGGUCUCGUGUUGGGCCUUCCAUUGGAAGUGCGCAAGAUCCCAGAAGUGAUACAAGAUGUUCUCAACCAGUCCCGGUGGAGUGUUUCGUCCACGCUUCUGACAAUCUCUCUCAUCGAGCGCUUCUUUCUCGGAGCCGUGUUUUUCUUCCUGCUGUCAGUCGCUGAGAGAACCUUUAAACAGAGGUUUCUCUAUGCGAAGUAUUUCUGCCAUCUUACUUCAGCAAGAAGGGCACUGCGUUCAGAUCUCCCACAUUUCCGGCUGAACAAAGUGCGCAACAUAAAGACCUGGUUGUCGGUGCGCUCCUACCUCAAGAAACAUGGACCCCAGAGAUCGGUGGACGUGAUUGUGUCCACGGCGUUCAUCAUCGGUGUUUGCAUCCUGUCCUUCCUCUGCGUGCAGUGGCUUAAGGAGAACGAGCAGUUUGCCGAGCGUCUCUACUGCUGGGAGAUGGUCUGCUGGAGCAUGGCACUCGGCAUCUUCCUCAUGCGCUUCAUGAUCCUCGGCUCCAAAAUCAACAAGAAGUACCGCAACCUCUCGGUGCUCAUCACCGAACAGAUCAACCUCUACCUGCACAUGGAGCAAAAGCCACACAAGAAGGAAGAGUUGAUGCUUGCCAACAAUGUGCUUAAACUGGCUGCCGACUUACUCAAGGAGCUGGAGAGUCCGUUCAAGAUUUCGGGCCUCUGCGCCAACCCCUACCUGUACAACAUCACCAAAGUGGUCUGCCUCUCGGCGUUCUCGGCGGCACUCACCGAGCUGUUUGGCUUCAAGCUGAAGCUGCAUAAAAUCAAAAUCAAGUGAACGCAGGAAAAAAAAAAAGCUCCGGUUGUUAGCUAGAAUGCCUCCCCACUCAGGACUAAAGAUAAAAAGAGCGAGAUAAGGAAGUGAGAAAGAGAUAAGAAACACGAGGCUAGUGAACGAUUCGCGAGGAAGUGUUCGUAGAUGCUCGGCCGUCGUUGCCUCGGUUGCGAAGCACCCUGUCUCCUCCUUGUCCGAGGCGGUGUGCAGUGAGGGGGAGGGAAGAGUUCAAAGUUGUAACCUCCUCCCUCUCCUUGAGCACCAGAACACUGGUCCUAUAGCUAGUUCCUUCAGGGGCAGUGACUCCCCCCCCACCCCAGCGCCCACCCCCAAAGAACUUCUUUCAUUGUAGCUGCCCACCCAGAGGAAAAAGUUCUGGUGCCUUUCCCGUCCUUGACAGUCAUACCGUGGCGUAACGUACAAAAGACCAAGCCUCAUUCACUUUGCUAGCACGCCUUCAUGUCAUUUCAACAUGCGUAGGCAUCAUGACGGUCUUUUUUUUUUGGCAAAACGCGCAGUCCUUCCUGCUUCCAGGUGCGAGCUGCAGCUACAACUCGAAACAAACCAAAGUUAGGCUUCCUCGUACAUUCACGUGGGCUCUCUAAAUCCUUAGGUUGUAGCUGGGUUUCCAGCAACACAAGGCAUGGGAGAAAAGGCCCUCCCUGCCCAGAAUGUGAAGGCUGCCGUGCCCCAUGUGAAAUCUCAUUAGUAUCCCGUAGGUGGUCCUACGCCCGCUAUCGCGCGAGGAAAACUUAAUGUCAUUUGUACGGAACGGUAUUCGCGUGUUGCGUUUCUUAGUUGACCACUACGCAAAAACAUUUUAGCGUCUUUACAUGAAAACGUUGUUUGCAAUUGUACGAGUUUGAGGAACUUCAUCAUUUCGAUGCAUACUGACUGACCGAUUCACAUUUAACGUACGUUAACCAAACACGUGUACAUACCUGCGAUUAACGGUCAUCAUUAAAAGAAAUACAAGGUUAGUGGAAAUCAUCGCAACAUGUGAUUAUGGUUGUUCAAUUUUUAGAGGUUUAUUAUGAUUUUAUUCACCACAGCGCUUUUACAGGCUUUUUAUGCUGUUAGCAAGCGGUAGCACAUGCUGGUGAUCCGCCAUAUUGGCUAUGCCUGCCUGGUUUUGGGUCUCGUCCUUACUUGGCGGGGAUGAAUAUAUUGCCCGGCCACGCACUAAAUUAGAUGAAAAUGUUUUGGACGAUUCAUGUGAAGAUCUCAAAUUCCACGUUUUUAAAUGUUUUGCACGAGCAUUGCUAUCUUUUAUUUUUGGUGCGCUUGUUGCAGCGCAGUCAUCGUUCUGCGCAAAUGACGUUACUCUUUGCUGCGUAGCGCAGUGCCGAACCAUAUGCUAGCUGAUGCACCAAAUCUCGUUAGCGACAAGCAUAAUUAAACUCGCUUACAACAAAGGUGCAUUGUGCUCAUUGGCUGUCUCGCAGGGCAGGGAGAGUUUAGAGUGAUAGCGUGUUGCGGCUCCAUCAGGCGGGUCAACUCCUACUAGGCUUAGCUAAAAAAGUUCACAGUCAUCGAAGCCCAUUUUCUUUUGCCCAUAGAUGUGCAGCAAAUCACACUGCGCUAACCCAGCACAUGGGUCGCUCUUUUCUCCUCAAUUGAAAUCGAUAAUAACAUUGCUUUGUUGCUCACGUGUCGUUGUUGCUGAAAGAGAAAAGUUGUGGUAUUUUUUAAAUGUGUGCAGAACACAUACACGCGCCUCAUUUUUCACUGCAUUAUUUUUCUCUUAUUCAAUUUUAAGGUAUCUCACGGUUGGGUGCGUUUGGGAAGUGGGGGGCUGGCAGUUUCCCAUUGACUUGAGAUUGUUCAAGUUGAACAAGAACAUCAGAAGUGGCAGUAUAAAUGUGGGAAGGCUGAUGGUCGUGUUCCUGUUCCCGUGUUCUGGUUCUCGUUGAAUAAAAUGCUGUUUUGGCACAAA